AUCAGUGUAGCCUCAGCAGUGCCACCUGUCACCUGUGCCCAUCAAUGCCCUCUGUCAGUGCUCAUCAAUGCCACCUGCCAGUGCCCAUCAGUGCCGCCUAUCAGUGCUGCAAAUCAGUGCCGCCUAUCAGUGCCGCCUAGCAGUGCCAGUCAGUGCCACCUAGCAGUGCCAGUCAGUGCCACCUAUCAGUGCCACGUAUGAGUGCUGCCUUUCAGUGCCCAUCAGUGAUGCCUGUCAAUGCCCAUCAGUGCCACCUACUAGUGCCUCCUCAGUGCCACCUAUCAGUGCCCAUCACUACAGCCUCAUUAAUACACAUCAGUGAAGGAGAAAAAUCACUUAUUUACAACAUUUUAUAAAAAAAA